AGCAGCUCUCUCCGCUCGUCCACCGCCUCCGUAAAUGCAGCACAGCUGCCCCUUCUCGCAUCCUUCUCGCUCCAUAUCACUAGCAGCCCCCACCGCCUGCCGAACCGCAGAAUUGUCCCCAGAUCACCCCUCGGCACCCGCGCCCCUACCGCCCGCAGAAGCCUUUUUGCCCGCACCCUGCGCGAAGUGCCCACAACCCUCCACAGCGAGGCGUCGGCAUCGGAGGCCUCGUAUCUCAACUCCUGCACAAUUGUACCACAAAUUGGACGAGGUUUGACACACGCUUUCGCUUGGGCGCACGAUGAGCGCGCUCCAGCGAGCGAGGAGGAGCAGGUCGAAGACGGCUCCUGAGACUGCAUCCGGCAUCGCACAGUCCGAAAGCACAAUUACCGUUCUACCUGCUUCGUCUACAUCCGUACUCACAUCCCUAGUAGCGCCAACCAACGUAAUUCCCUCCAACCCCAAACUCGCUCUACAGCGCGACGCGACAAUGCUAGCAACUCUGUCCGGGUCAAGUCUCUUAACUUCACCCUCACAAAUGGCAGCCCCCUUGGAUAGACCUAAAGACGGGUUCGAAGACCAUCCCGACAAUCGAUCUAGUAGCUUGAGCGAACUUGGAGAUGCGUCGGAUGAGCAUUCUGAGCUUACUCCGCGAGCGCCGACCACCGCAGAUUUGAUCGAUAACGAUUCAGAGGCGGAGACAGAGCGCUUGGACACAACGCCUCGAAAGCUGAGUCGCACAGCAACGAAUACGUCAAUGGCGUCAGAACUCAUAUACGAGAGAACACCAAGCAAGUUGACACAUUCAAAGACAUUAAAUCAGGAAGACUCUGCCCCCCCCACACCAUCCGUCGUUGAUGAGGACUCCACCCAAGUCUCCUCAGCCCCUCCCAUCACAGCCCUAAAUCCCCUCUCCGUAGUGGUAGAAGCUGCGGCAAUUGCGGAGCUUGCUGGGAAGAAGAGGAAGCGAUCAACUGCCCACAGUAGCUCUGCCGACGAACCCACCGAGGAGCCCGCGCGGAAGCGCAGCAGCACCGCCAAGAGAACGACACUCAAUGGUGCUCAAAAAGAUGUCGCCGACAACUCGGAACAAGUCGAUGGAGAAGAAGGGCCAGAUGUGGCCGAAGACCGCAUCUCGCAGCUUGCACAGGGGGAGAUGGAACUCGAGGAAAAGCAGGCCGAUGUCGCCGAGGAGGUUGUGAGCGAACUGGCGACAGUCGCGAAGCUUACAAAACCUAGGAAAGGCGGCAGAAAAGGAAAGCGGAAGACAGAGGACACAGGUGACAUCAACCAUGAGGCGGUCGCAGGCGUUGAUCUUCACGACGGAGAUGGCGAGGGCGACCACGAGGAAGAAGACAAUGGAGCCCUCGAUGAAGAGAUAUCGAAGAAGAAAAAUGCGAUCGAUCAGUUAGCGAAGAUCGAGAGAAAAUUCAAGCUCUUCCGUGAGAAACUAUGUGAUGAGCAGAUCGCCCAGCUAGAACAGGAGCUCGAGAUGCUCAAGCAGCCGAACUGCGCCCACCCCGAAUACCUUGCAAUGAUACAAUGCAUAGACGAGAGGCGGGCCGAGAAGAUCGCGUACGAAAAGCAACUGCUGGAAUACAAACAAAAGUGCUUGGAGAUCAGAAUUGUAGCUGAACGACACCAGCUGCAUAGCCAAUAUUUCCAGACAGUGCGGGACGUAAGGGAGGACCUUACCACCGAGUGCAACCAGCGUAUAUAUGAGCUGCAGCGGGGGCGCAGACAGCUCGGCGUUGAUGAGGUCGAGUACUCACUCAACCUGCCCAAGAAGCGGUCCGACCAAAUCCGUCAGCAAGCAGCUUAUAACCUCGAGGUGUCGAUUCUAUCCGGCGUUGCGAAAUACGUUGGCUUUCCUGCGGCGCCUGACAUUAUGCCUGCUCGCCCCACAGACAUUGACGAUGACCUUCGAGCCAUGAAAAUCACUCCACGACCUGCACCGGUCCCCUAUGUGCGUCCGUACAAUCGAACUUCGACAGCGGACGAGGCAGCAGCGGAAGAGCAGUUUAUCGAAAGAACCCCUUGGGCCAAUCCGCAGCAUCCUGUCCAUCAGCAGUCACACUAUCAAGGAGGUCCCCCAGGGCCAUCACUGGCGCCGGGUCAGGCUUACCAUACCCCUGCCACCCAGAGACGGAUUGUCGAUGUCCAUGCUCCUAAUGGGUCUGCUUCCACGGUCGAAAUGAUAUCGAAUCCGCCCUCAUCGGCUGCUGGUCCCGGACACUCAAAUGGGCGUGUUAGCGAGUCAGAAUCUCCUGUGCUACAAUUAAAACGACACCCAAGCGACCACCACACGCACGUUGAUACUCCGGCUGCACACCCACGAAACUUCACGUCUCUGGCGAGAGAAUCUUACGGGAGCAACUCGCAUAUGAUGUCCAGUCCAGCGGCGCAGCAUGUAGAACAUCAGUCAGAGGAACAACCCCACCGUUGGAGUGGAAACGGGAUGCGGCCGCUACAUGCGGGUCCAUCAGCAGUUUCUUCCGGCCCGUCUAUUCCGGGGCGACCAGAAGCGGGACGUGUCCCAUUGACACAGCGAAGUAGUCUCGGCACUGUUAGUGUUGGCAGUGGGAACGGCCUGUUCGGUCGGUGAGCCUACCUCUUGACCAAUCUCUAGCGUAGUGUAUAUUCCAGGGUUGAUGGGUGCUCCUCUUGGAUGACGGUUCAGGGAUCCUUCGGGCCACUUGGAUUCAGUUUCUACAUCCAUAUACUGGCACGACUUCCAGUCGAUUUGGUUUCUAAUUUUUCUUUGUUUGUCAGGGUGACCACCCGUUGGAGGCAUGUGGGACGAAUGUCAUAUUCCCCUCUUUUCAUGAUCUAUGUCUGGCGUUUGGAAGCGAGGCAAUCUCUCAUCACACUCCUAUGGAGGGUUGGGAUUGAUGCUUUGGGCUGGUCAACUGUUUUGACUCUUCUCUUCUCUUUGUUCACACUUUAUCGGAGGCCCAUUUCGUGAACUUGGUAUAAGGAGCUAGAUCCGACUUUGUAUGAAUGAUGCCAACGAUACCUAGAGGCAAUUUGAUUCACAAUGCG